AUUACUCCUCCUGUAAAUUGGGGUAUUCGAAUUGUCCCGGAGAAGAAGGCUUAUGUGAUCGAACGAUUUGGAAAGUAUGUGAAGACACUUCCCUCGGGAAUUCAUUUUUUGAUUCCAUUUGUCGAUCGCAUAGCUUAUGUGCAUUCCUUGAAGGAGGAAGCUAUUCCUAUUCCGGACCAGUCUGCUAUCACAAAGGACAAUGUCAGCAUUUUGAUAGAUGGGGUGCUUUAUGUUAAGAUAGUGGACCCCAAGCUGGCAUCUUAUGGAGUUGAGAGUCCCAUAUAUGCUGUUAUUCAGCUUGCUCAGACUACAAUGCGUAGUGAGCUUGGGAAGAUUACUCUUGACAAAACAUUUGAGGAAAGAGAUACGCUGAAUGAGAAGAUAGUGGAGUCUAUCAAUGUAGCUGCAAGGGACUGGGGACUGCAGUGCCUUCGAUAUGAAAUAAGGGAUAUUUCUCCCCCUCGUGGGGUGAGAGCGGCUAUGGAGAUGCAAGCUGAAGCAGAACGCAAAAAGAGAGCUCAAGUUCUUGAGUCUGAAGGAGAAAGGCAGGCCAACAUCAAUAUUGCUGAUGGAAAGAAGAAUGCAGUUAUAUUAGAAUCUGAAGCUGCAAAAAUGGAUCAAGUUAACAGAGCGCUAGGUGAAGCUGAGGCCAUCCUCGUAAAAGCCCAAGCAACAGCCAAAGGACUCGCUCUUGUGUCACAGGCCCUCAAAGAAAGUGGAGGUGUCGAGGCUGCUAGUUUGAGAAUCGCUGAGCAGUAUGUACAAGCCUUCAGUAAUAUUGCCAAAGAGGGCACCACAAUGUUGCUUCCGAGUUCAGCGGCAAAUCCAGCUAACAUGAUGGCUCAAGCCCUUACUAUAUAUAAGAGCCUCAUUGGCAAUGUCUCUGGCGGUGAAGCCAGAACUAGUGGAUUAAAUGAAGGCAUACAGGAGGGCAAUCUGGCAGCAGAAAUCGGGGGAGAUAACAACCAAACUGUUAGAGUUAGUGACGAAGUUGAAAAUGGGAGCCCAGGAUUUUCUCUACAGAGCCCCAAGAAUGCGGCAUAGUAAAUUGAUUUAACCAACCUAGUGAAGGGUUUCCUUUCUUAUGGCUGUAGGUUUCUUUUUCUUCUUUUGGGUGAGAGGACACUGUACCUGUACCAGUACAGAGGCCACUCGAAAUUCAUUCUCUAUCCAAUAUUGUUUCUUACGAGUCUUAUCUUAUGCUGGGGCUGCGGGAUUGCUUCAGAUUCAUUGGCGCAAAAGCAUUUCUUAUUUCAUCAAGAAUGUCUGUCUAUCUUGACAAAUUCAUAUAAGCUCACUGUUUCGACAAUAAAUAUUUUAAUUUCUAUUCAUUUCAA